AUGGAUAAUGGAUUAGUUCAAGUAGUAGCACAUGGUGUUCGUGAUUUGGUAGUACGUGAUGUUACUAUUACUGCUUCACGAAGAGAAAUAGUCGAUUUUUCUAACUUAAUAUUUGAUAAUUCUUUACGCAUUAUUAUUCGAAAAGCAACUUCGGUAGAUAUUGAUCUUGUUUCAUAACUAAUAUCGUUCUCACUUAUUCUAUGGUUGAUACCUCUGGUUGGUAAAUAUAUAUGGUGUUAUCUUGUUGCACCACUUAGAACAACAAGUAAACGAAGGAUUCAAAAAUCAGUCUAUGAUUUCUGCUAGUGCAAUGAGUACGUAAUAUGAUACAAGUUUUCAAGUUCAGACAGUUGCAGCACGAUUAUAAAGUGUAUGUCUAUAUAUCUUAAGUUUGGUAUUAGGGAAAAUGUAUACGAAAAGUUUAACAUCUAAUUUAAUAAUAUCAAAAUCAAAAGAUUUUAUUUCUGAAAUUAAUGAGAUGAAAAAUAAAAAAUUAUGCUUUAGCCGUAUGGGUAUUCUUGCUAGAUCAUUGUGGGUAAAUUUUUCUUUUCACUACAUUUGUAGCACUAAUCAAAAUUUUUAUCCAUGAAAAUUACAACAUGAAUUAUAUACCAAGUUAUUAGAUGAUUCUAUUGUUGCUGCAAUUUCAGAUAUUGAUCUUUUAGAAUAUGUAACUAACAAAGCCUAUUGUAAUUGAACUCUUGCUGAGAGAGAUUUCAGUUGUAGUACCUAUGGUGUUGUUAUUGCUAAUCUAUGAUUAUAUGCAAAAGAUUUAGAAUUUCUUUAUAUUAGCAUUAAGAAAACCAGAUGUUCCUGAUAAUAAAAAUGAGACUGGCUUGUAGGAAAUCUUUGUCAACAGUGGUUUUCAUCAGAUAGAUGUACUAGUAUAAACAUCCAACUAUGAGUGGUUUACUUCUUAUUUUGCAAUCAUUAGUAUAUUGUAUUUUUUGCAUACACAGAAUAAUUUCUUGUAAAUGAUUUUCUAUGGAUAUCAUCACAUCGAAAGAAUUCUUUAUUUCAAAAAUACCUACUUGAGCUAAAACAUUGAAUGAGAACUUUUUCAAAACAUAUGCACAACUCUCAAAUAGUUCUGUAUGGUGCAGCUUGUUUUAAUAAUCGAAAACUCAUAUUGAAUGAAUAUCUAGCUAUAGUAAAUACAUAUAUAUUCAGCUAUACUAUGCAUUCAUUUUGCACCCAUUGACUUUAUUCAUGGAAUCGUUAUUCAAAUCUUUCUCACUUAAAUUAUAAAUGAAAUGAUGAAAUCUUAUUGAAUAUUCUUUUCCUAUUAGCAUCAUGUCAUUGUUCAUUUUUCUCUAUCCAUGUUUUUAAAUUAGCAUUUGUUUUAUAGCAAAAUAUUUGAAAUUAAAAAUGAAAAUAUACAUUUAGUUUUCUAUUUUAAAUCAUAAUAUAGAAUAAAUCAUUUCCACUAGACAUUUUUUUUGUUUGUUAAUGCUGUUAUUUAGACAGGUUUUUUUAGUUUGUGAUUAUCUUUUUAAAUUCAUAAUUAUUUAAAAAUAUGAAACACGUGCUUUUAGUUUAUCCAGUAAAUUAUUGAAAAUAUACUAUUUUUGUUAAGUAUGAUUCACGAACAGAUGAUAAAAAAAACAUUUCUUUUGUGACAAGGUAAAAUAUUAGUAAUGACAUAUCAUGAUUAUACGUAUAUACUUUACAUAUGAAACAUAUUUACUCAUUAAAUCCAAGAAAAAAUACUAGUUCAAUAUUAUUUUAGAAAACAAAAAUUUCAUAGAAAAAUCAGGAAUCAAGUCUAAGUUUAUUUUCGAAAUAAAAUGAUUACAUCUAUGUGUAAACAUGAACAUGACAUUAGUAGAAAUUAAGGAAAAGGAAAGGUCGAAACUUGUU